CCUCUCUCUUCCGCUCAGAUGUCCUUGUAGCUAUGGAAACUCAUCAGCGGCAGCAUCCUCCAGAUUGUCCACCCCUUCGACUGGACAGCUAAGCGAAAUUUGCACGUAAAACAAUCGACUCAAAAUGGCGAUCUGGCGUCAAACGCUUUUCUUGGUGCUCUUUUCCUGUCUGAGUAACAGUACAGCUUUUGCUGUAAUACUCCGAACAACUGAAAAAUCUGUGUGGGCAAAUGAAUUUGAGUCAAUUGAAUUGACCUGCUUGAUAGAGUCCAUUUCUACAAACAAUCCCAGAAUUGAAUGGAAGAAAAUUAAAAAUGGUGUACCCAGCUAUGUGUAUUUCCAAAAUAAAAUUUCAGGUGACUUGGAGCACAGAGCUUUGCUGAGAGAGCCUGCAAACCUUCUGAUCUUGAACACCAGCAGAUCAGAUACAGCACAGUAUCGCUGUGAAGUGGCGGCCAUCGACGACCAGAAGCCCUUUGAUGAAAUACUAAUCAGUCUCGCUGUAAGAGUGAAGCCGGUGAUGCCCAGGUGUAGUGUGCCAGAGGCAGUUACGGUGGGUUCAAGCCCUGAACUGCGCUGUAUUGAGAACGAAGGCUUUCCGCAGUCACAGUACCAGUGGUUCAAAAACAACGAGGAGCUGCCAGAGGACCCAAAAACCAGCAGCAAGUUCUACAAUUCUACAUACACCAUGAACACUGAGACUGGUUCGCUGAAAUUCCGGUCGGUGAAGAAAGAGGACGCGGGUGAAUAUUAUUGCCAGGCUAGAAAUGAGGCAGGAUGGUCAAAAUGCAGUCCACAGCCCAUGGAAGUGUAUGAUCUGGACAUUGUGGGAAUAUUCCUGAAGGUGUUAGGUGGAGUGGCAGCAUUUAUUUUUGUCAUUGUGGGGAUCUGUCAAAUUCAGAAAAGUGGCUACUGUUCCUGCAAGGAUCACAGAGAAACCAAUUACAAAGUACCCCAACAUGACAAUAGGAUGGACUACGCCAGUCCAGAUGAGGGACAUUUUCGCCACAAGUCCUCCUUUGUCAUAUAAAAUCAAAGAUGAGGAGACGAGCGCUUCAGCUGUGAAGGCCCUGUGAGCUGACUUUGAACUGUCAAACUGUGCAUUUUAUGCAGAGGUGCGACUUGAGCUUCAUGGCUUGCCAAAGUUAUUACAAAAUCGAAAACUACUGUGUUAAACAGGGAAUUUUUACUCCCCUUAUUUUGAUUUAAACAGACAGGAAUCAAACAGUUUUACUUACAACUCCACAGUUUAUAUAUAAAAAUUACAUUUUCAACUGAUCAGUGCUCAGAUUUAUAACUAUUACAUGCAUCUUGUCAAGUAAGCAAAUCAAAAAAGACUGAACUUAAAAGAUGAGUUUGUUGAGUCUUUCCAAACACUUGUGAAUUUCUGAAUGUCAGUGACAGUCUUGAAAUGAGGCUAAUGAAGUUUUUCGUUAUUGUAGCAAGGCCUAAAUUGCAUCCAGGUGCUGCUGUAUGUUUGCCCAGAGUAGUCAACACAUAAUACCAGUGCAAGAUUUACAUGUCUUAAGGGUAAAUAUUAUAUUUCCCACUGGAAAUAUAGUGUGUGACUAUAUGAAAAACCCUGUCAGUGUAAAUGUGUACAAUGCCAUGCCAAGACUGUUUUAUCACUUUUGACAAGAGGAUUUUAUGUGUUAGUGUUUUAGUAGUAGUUAUUUAGUUCAUGAACUAUACAUUUGUAGCAUUUUAGUUUGAGAUUUAAUCAAACAUCUCUGUGAAGUCAGUAGACUUGGUUGUGCAAGAUGAUUCAUUUACUUAGUUUCAUUUUUGAAAUAUUCCUCUAGAUACAGAUUAUGCACUUGUGGUUUUUUCAGAGUGCCAUUUCUGUGUUUAAGUGACCUUCAAUACUUUAUAAUUGUUUUAUACAUUUUGGACAUAUUGUCCAGGAUUUUUGACUCAGUGUUAUUGUUUUAAUCUAUUUAUAAUAUCUGCGUACAUUGUAGUUCACUCCAGAGUAGUAGUUAGUUAGACUGUGGGCCGUGUCACAAGAAUAAAAAUGAUUAUGUGGAAGCAA